CAUCAUUUGACUAAAAAAAUUUCAAAAUAUGUAAUUAUUUUGAGAGAGGGAAGAACAAGUUAACAGCGUUUAGUGAACUUCUAAUACACGACUACUCGUCUGGACGGCGGUUGUUUCUAGUGGGUCCUGGUGGCGUCCGCCGUACUCUAGCUUUCUAUCUCCGACACUGACACCGACACCGACGGAUACAAAAUGGACGACGGAAAAUCGUGAAAUAUAUUAGUUUUAGUUGCAAAGAAAUUCAAUCUUUCGAAAGUAUGAAGAAUUACAUAAAAUUAGGGUUAGGGUUAGGGACGAUAGCAAAGUGCAGAACUCAUGCUGGAAUAUGUAAUGGAAACUACUCUAUUCAUAAUUCAUUUACUUCGUCAAAAAUGUCACCUCGAAUAACAUCAGCUGUUCUUGCGUCCAAGCUUGAUGCUGUUGAUUCUCUUCGCUUCCUCUCCACUCUAGAAAAUCAACCUCAUUUAUCAACCGACAUUAUCAAGAUAAUGGAGCAAAGGUUGUCAGUUAUUGAGCAGAGGAGUGCUUUACUUCAGAAUCUCAUCAACAAGCCGGACGUCUCACAGACGGAGUGUGUGAGAGCUAAUAAGGAGCUUAAGAAACUCAGCAAUUCUUUGGACUUAAUACGCAGCUUAAGGGCCACGCAAAAGGAAAUUGAUGGUCUCAAGUUACUCAUGACUGAAUGUGCUGAUGAAAAAGAGAUGCUUAAGAUGGCAUAUGAGGAAUUGGAUCAGGCAAUUGAAGAAGAGAAGAGGCUGCAAUUGUUGCUGUUAAAAUCUUUGCUUCCAAAGGAUGAUGCUGAUGAAAGGGACAGCAUUUUGGAGGUGAGAGCAGGUACUGGAGGAGAAGAAGCGUCUUUAUUUGCAAUGGAGAUAUUCAAAAUGUAUGAGAAGUACUCACUGAAGAAAGGAUGGAAAUUUGAAGUUGUUUGUGUGACAGAGUCUGAUCUUAGGGGAUUCAAGGAAGCUAUUGGAUUGAUCUCAGGGCCUAGUGUGUAUGGAAAGCUCAAGUUCGAGAGUGGAAUCCAUAGAGUUCAGCGUGUUCCUGUGACAGAGAAAUCUGGUCGCGUUCAUACCAGUGCUGUAACUGUUGCCAUCCUCCCUCAGGCUGAUCAGGUUGAUGUCCAAUUGAGAAAUGAGGAUUUGAGAAUUGAUACUUACCGUUCCGGUGGUUCAGGUGGUCAGCAUGCUAAUACUACAAAUAGUGCUGUAAGGAUAACUCAUAUUCCGUCUGGGCUGACAGUGUCUAUUCAAGAUGAAAGGUCACAGCACAUGAACAAGGCAAAAGCAUUGAAGGUCCUAUGUGCGAGGCUGUAUGAAGUUGAGAGACAUAAAUAUCAGAUGGACCGAUCGAAGCUUCGAGCAGAGCAGAUCGGCAGUGGUGACAGAUCUGAACGCAUUCGUACAUACAACUUCCCACAAGGGCGUGUCUCUGAUCAUCGUGUUGGAAUUACACAUCACUCAAUAAAUGAGAUCUUGCAGGGAGAGAGUUUGGAUGUGUUCAUUGAUGCUCUUCUCUUACAACAAGAAAUGGAUGCCAUUGCAACCUUCUCAGAAAGCUAAUAUAUUCUCCUUUACAAAGAGAUCCGCGGUGAUAUGGCUGCUCAUCGUCCUUUGAGAUUAGAAUUUUGGUGAGCUGUCAUUUUUGUCAUAUUUACUUGUGAAAUGAUGGAAAAAGUUUGAAAGGUUCAAGACUCCAUUCAAAUGACGGAAAACUGGGAUAGAAAAUUGCACCUAGUGAACUUCUCUAUACCUUCCCGCUUCUUUGCAUUUCUCGGGCAAAUUCAAUGGGAUGAAAGGAGCAUUAAAUUCCACUUCCUACACUCAUGUGCUGUGUAUGUAAGUACUCCAAUCAGUUUAUGAUUUUUUUGGCAUGGCAUAUUUCUUGCGUGCAGCUAUCGGCACAAUAAGAUAUAAGAGCUUGUUAAUACUUUUUCUUUUGCUCACUUUAUUACAACGCCUGUCAACUUUUAUCCAAAUACAUCUAUGUGAGAGCUUAUUAGAUCAAAUGGUGCAAAGAGGACCGGACAUAGGAAUAUUAUCUUUUUUUUUUAUCUCUAUGAAAUAUUAGUUCUUUAUCUUAAUUUUCAAUAUGCAUUUAAAAUUUGUUUGGUUAUU